AUGUCGCAAGACCAAACAGAAGAGGCAGCCAGAGCAAGUCGUGCGGGCACGCACGCUGAGGCUUCAAGCAGCUUCAAGUCCAAGACCAGGGCCCAGGAGCAGCGCGAGCAGCAAAUCCAGGUCACACCCAACCACCGACUGCUCAACAGCCACAAUUAUCCUGUUACUUGCGUGGUCUUCAGCCCCAAUAAUGAACUGCUUGCGACGGCAUCCCGCGACGUCCGCAUCUACGAUGCUAAAACGGGCGACAUAAAGGUCAUCUUAGACGGCCAUGGCGGCCUCGUGCGCAGUAUCUCCUUCACGCCCGACGGCCGUCUUCUCUGCUCUGGCAGUGAUGAUUGUGUGGCGCUGGUCUGGUCUUUGGAGCAUUGUUUCGUCCUCUGUGUCCCAGGGAAGAUUACCACGCUUACGCCCCCGGGCGGGCCCAGCUCAGCAAACCUGCCCACCAAUGACCAGAAGACAACAACUAUAACCGGCAACACACCUCAGAAUGCAGGUGGCAAGGAGGCGACCGCCUCCCAAAACUUCUCCCCCUUGAGCCGGAUCGUGCAGCGCGUGUUGAAGCGACAUCACAAACCCGUGCUCGCGGUCGCCACUACCCCUGAUUCAAAGUACUUGAUCACGGGAAGCGCCGACAAGACGGUUCGCGUAUGGGACGUUUGCACAGGCUAUAUCAUGGCGACGCUGCGGGGCCACACAGGCGAAGUGAGCACGGUGGCUGUGACUCCCAAUGGCCGGCGCAUCAUGAGCAGCGGUGCUGAUAAAGUCAUUUUCGUGUGGGACUUCGUUACGGGCGAGUGUAAGCGAGCACUCAGGGGCCAUAAGGCCCCCGUGAGCUGCUUGGCGGUGGCACCGGACGGCCAUUUCCUGGUUUCAGGCAGCCAUGAUAGGACGUUGCGUGUGUGGGACUUGAUCAACGGCAACGAACUUGCCACUCUAUCGGCACACACUGGGGCGUACGGUGUGUUGUCGUGCGCUGUCAGCUCGGAUGGUAGUACGAUUAUGAGUGGAGGAUACGACAACCUUGUCAAGAUGUGGGACGCCACCUCGGGUCUGGCUCUCGCCACCAUUCAGGGCCACCGGCACAUGGUGAGCUCUGUGGCGUUCAGCCAGGACUCCACACACCUCGCUACCGCGGGUCGAGAUGAUGAGUCCACCGCGGCCGGCAGCGACGCCGCGUCCAACCCCAAGCACGCCACAGAACGUCUGAGAACCUCCCAAAAGGAAGACGCCCAAAACAACCGGCACUGGGCGAUGCUAUUUGGGGAUAACUCUGGGAGGGAGGACCAGGACCGCGGAGGGGCCCUGCAACGCCUUUCGUCGCUGGUACGGGGCAAUUAG